UGACAAGAAGCGACGUCGUGUAAGAAGAGAGAGUAGGUUAACGUUGCUUUCCUUUUUUUUUUUUUCUUCUUUUUUGUGAUUGAACGUUGCUUUCCUCACCAGCAUGGUGAUUUUCUAGUUCUCUGUUCAUCUGAGAAUACCAGAAAAAAACCAUGAAUGUUGUCCGUAUAAAAACAGCUAAAGCCAUCAACUUUCUUAACCGAACACAACUCAGAGGCACGAAAUCUUUGUGCAAUGGAGGUGAAAUUCAACAAGAUUCCAAAUUGGUUCAAUUGGAUUCUUCCUUUUACAUGAGAAUUUUGCAGCUUUGCAUCAAUUCUAAAGCCAAAAGGCAAGCCCUUCUAGUUCACAGCCAAAUUAUAACAAAUGGGUAUAUUUCUAAUGUCCAUUUAGCUACUAAAUUAAUUAUUUCUUAUGCCAAAAUUGGUGACAUGAUUGCUGCAAAGAAAGUGUUUGAUAAAAUGAGUGAAAGAACUAUUGUGUCAUGGACGGCUGUGAUUUCAGGGUAUUCCCAGAAUGGGUUCUUUGAGAAUGCCUUGUUGGUAUUUUCGGAGAUGCGAAAAGCGGGUUUUAAGGGUAAUCAGUUCAGUUAUGGGAGUGCACUGAAAGCUUGUACUGGUUUGAGGUGUUUGGAAAGAGGGUUGCAAAUUCAAGGGUGUGUUGAGAAAGGGAGGUUUGUCAUGAACCUGUUUGUUCAGAGUGGGUUACUUGAUUUGCACGCAAAGUGUGGAAACAUGGAGGAUGCUAGUCGGUUGUUUUAUAGAAUGGGAGAAAGGGAUUUGGUUUCCUGGAAUGUGAUGAUUGGUGGAUUUGCUCUUCAAGGAUUCCCUGAUGAUGCAUUUCAAUUGUUCCGAGAAAUGAUGAGAGAAGGAAAGAUCCCUGAUUGCUUUACCUUUGGUAGUGUUUUAAGAGUCUCCUUUGGGGAGGGUGGCCUCAUGAAGGUCAGCCAAGUACAUGGACUGAUCACCCUACUGGGGUUUGAAUCGUGUAAUUUGUUGGCUGGAUCACUAAUUGAUGCUUAUUCUAAAUGUGGAAAUCUACAGUGUGCUUCUAAGUUAUAUAGGAAUAUGCCAAAGAAAGACAUUAUAUCUUGCACGGCCUUGAUCGCUAGCUUUGCACGUCAGGGCAAGCACAAUAGGGAUCCCUUGGAUCUCUUUAAAGAAAUAAACUCAACGCAAAUGGGAAUGGAUAAUAUGAUAUUGUGCUCUAUUCUUAACAUAUGUGCUAAUGUAGCAGAACUGAGCUUGGGAAGACAGAUCCAUGCUUUUUCUUUGAAAUGUCAACCAAGUAGUGAUUUGGCAAUGGGCAAUGCUCUAAUUGAUAUGUAUGCAAAAUCUGGACAAAUAAAAGAUGCUAACAAGGUAUUUAAUGAAAUGGAUGAGAGAAAUGUGAUUUCGUGGACAUCACUUAUUGCUGGGUAUGGAAGGCAUGGAUAUGGUCAUGAGGCAAUUGCAUUAUAUGAGAAAAUGGAGCAUGAAGGGUUGAAGCCAAAUGAUGUAACUUUUUUGUCCCUUCUCUUUGCUUGUAGCCAUACUGGGUUGGUUAAUGAAGGUUUAGAAUUAUUUAAUGCAAUGAUUAGCAAAUACAAGAUAUUACCCCGAGCUGAGCAUCUUUCCUGUAUGGUUGAUCUCCUUGCACGUGGAGGGCAGUUAGAAGCUACUUAUAAUCUGAUACAAGAGAUGAAUAUUGAGCCUACAACAUCACUUUGGGGUGCCCUUCUUGGGGCUAGUAACAUCUAUGGCAACAUGUCUAUAGGAGAAGCAGCAGCAGCACACCUUUUUAAUAUGGAUCCAGAGAAGUCAGUUAACUACAUUGCCUUAGCUGGAAUAUAUGCAGGAGCUGGUGCAUGGGAAAAUGCUUGGGAGACACGUAAAUUAAUGGACAAAAGAAGUGCAGUAAAGGAUCCGGCAUACAGCCUUCUGAGCUCUACAGAGAAGAAAGUGGUGCUUUUGCAGCUACAUUGAAAGGGUCAAACUAUCUUAUUAUGUUGUUCAUGUAGGAGAUGCAGCAUUAUUUACAAAUUACAAGAACUUUUCUAGACACUUAAAUUUAUGUUGAUGGUUAGAAGAGUUGGAGUAUUGGUUUUGUUUAUUGUCAUUCUAUUCAAAGGACAUCAAUUCGGUUGACUAAUGUCCUUCUGAUGCUGCACAUCAUCCUGGCAAGGAGAUUCUUUUAUCUUGGGGAAAUGAGGGAUGAUGAUUGAGAGCAAAGGCCUUCAAUUUGGCUAUUCUAUCUUAAGUUGAUGGCUUAAGUGAACACAGUGAUCGGCUGUUGUAAAUCUAUGAUUAACUUUGGUUGCAUGUGGGUCUAACUAGCCCAUUCAAUCAGACAGACUUAGCUUGUCUUGUUGGUGGAAUAUCUUUGACACGCACCAAGCUCAUAGUUAAAUAAAGUCAAGGCUGGGGAUGUCAUCAAAUCUUCAAUAAUGUGAUUGCUCCAUUUUUUUCAUCCACUCUACACCCAAAAAUCACCGAAGAGAUAAAAGCUGCAGCUGAACAUGCAAAUGCUGCUAAGUUCAUUGAUGAAUUACCUCAGGACAUAAGUAGGAAUUCCAAGCAAAGCAACUCCAGGCAUAAAUUAUAGCCCAGAGAAAAUAUGGUACUGCCACAAAUUGAGGUGUAACCAUGAUAGAGCAACAAAGUUCUAGCAUUCUAAAUGUUUUUGACCAGGUUGUUUAAGAAAUUCAACUGGUGACCUUCUAACGGCCAUGUUUUCCUCCAUCGGGUGAUGCUAGGAGAAUCGAAGUAUCAACUUAAGAUGGUAAGUUGGUGCUGUAAGAUGACCAUAUCUUACCCAAAACAGAGAAUGGUUUGUGGAUAUGCAAAGUCUGUCUGCUCCUGACUUGUGGAUGCUUAAUGCUAAUUUAUCCUUCAGUUAAACAGGGAUGUUACAGACUUACAGGGGCAUCAUCAGGAACAAAGUUGGAUCUUGAGAAGAGCCAUGUUGCUGUAGUGUUUCAUGAACUGGAUUGGCGGCUACCAAUUAUUGUAGAGUUUUUUUCUUUCUCCUUUUAUCUUUUCUUUUUCUGUCAUUGACAUUUGCUGCAAAGAAGUUGUAAGAAAUUUCGUUGAAAAUGAAGAAAAUUGUAGAAAACAUAAAGUAAAAUGUUGUCUAAAUUUCAGUUCGAAAGCUUAAGACCUGUGUAGCAGAUUGUUAGGAAAGAGGAGGAGAAGAGGGAGGGGGUCAACACCAUAACUCUGUGAUGCCAAUUUGUUCAGCCGCUGUAAUUAAACUAUCUUUGAAUUCCUAUAUUUCCUUCUAAUAAAUUGAUACAACUUUACCA